AUGCAUAAGGUUUUUCUGAUUUUUGGAUUUUCUUUGUCAGUAUUUCACAAAAUUUUAUAAAAUUUGUAUACUAUACUAUACUUAAUAUUAAGUAAAUUUAAUGUUAAGUAAAAAAUAUACAAAGUGAACUUAUGAACUGAUAAAUUUAAAUGAAUUCUAGUAAAAUUGUUAUUUCAAUUUCUCUAAUUUUUAACAACAAAUAAAAUUAAUGAAAUAAUUUAAUUUAUAAAUCUUAUUUAAAUUCAUCAUAUUAUAAAUUAUAAAAAUUAUAUUAUACUGUAAAUUAUAAAAUAAUAAAAAUUUUAUUAUAUUAAUUCCAAAAACCAGAAAAACUGUAAAAUAUCAUUAUUUUUAUACAUUUAGCGAUUUAUAUCAGAAUUUGUGAAGUAAUAUGAAAUAUACAGUUGAACUAGUGAGAUAUUGAAAGUUACACUUUCGUAAAUUAAACAAUUAAAAAUAGCUCCUUAUAUUUUAUUAAAAGAAUAAUUGUUAAAGUAAUCAACAAAUUUGAAAGUUAAGCGAAAGUGUAUAAUUUUGUUCAUAGUCAGUAAAGAGCAUAAUAUUAUAAGAUUGAUUGUACGACCGAGUUUUUUCUUAUUUGAAAUUUUCUUGGAAGACAGGGUACCAUUUACAUACCCUGCUCGGACCAAUCAAAUUUCUUUUCAGAAAUAAUCGAAUAAAAUUAUAUUCGUUUCUAAGUUCUUAGAUCUGAAAUCCUGUCUGAUUAUAAGAUUUGAUAAAAUUCUGAAGAAAGAUAUAAUUAUAAACGUGGAUCAAAUUUUAUAAUAACAUAAUGAGAUAAUAGAAAAAUACGUAAUAGAAAAUUACGUAAUCAAAUAAUGAUAAAAAUUGUAUCAUGAUAAAUAUUGUAAAAAAUGUAUGAUAUAUUUAUUUAAAAUUAAUGUUUAAAUUUUAUAUAGAACUCGGUCGGCUUUGAUAUUUUUUGAACAAUGAUUGGCAGCGUUUUUUAAUAUUGUAAGUUUUUAGACUUUCGGAAACCUGAAAAUCAUUGUUUCAAACUGAUUAAGAAUAGCAAGAAUGAUAUUAAAUCAGAUUCAACGAAGAAAUCAUAUGGCAGUAUUAGACUUUAAAGUGUCGAUUUGACUCUUCGUUUUUCAAGAACAAUAAUAUCGAAAAUUUGAAGCACUUUAUUAAUAAAUAUAAUAAACUUGAAUUUUUUAUUAAAAUACUUGUUUGUUUAAAAAUUUCAAAAAAAUAUGUUAUAACACACCCACAUUUAUGUUAUAUAUAUUAUAUAUUAUAUUAUAAUCAUAUACUAUAAUAUGCAAAGUGCAAUUAAGAGUAAUAAAAGUAACGUUAUUUCCAAUUUUUCAAAUAAAGAUCAUAUACCUAUUUUAUAUAAAAUAAUAUUUGAAACGAAGAGUUGAACUUGACAAAAAAAUCAAACAUUAAAUUAAUUUAAUUUCUCUAAAUAUAUGUGGUGCGCGCGCUCAUAUGUAUGUGUAUGUAUGUGCGUAUGUAAAAGAAUCUUUGUACAUGUACGAACAAUAACGAAUACGAUAUAAAUGUCGAUUGUUACGCAAAAUCAGGAUUGAUAUAUUUUUCUAAAUAAAAAUCAGGCGACAUUUUCGAGGUAAACAAUUUUUCUAAUAAAAAAAUAUUAUACAGGGUGUCUCCAAACUGUGCCUCUUUAGAUAAAAUUAUUGGAACGAAUUUGCAUCACUUGAAACUUCAUAAUCAUGAUGCUGCAUUUUUCCGUACAACUAGUAGUCUAUCACCCCGUAUAAAUUAAUAUAAGAAUUUUUUUCAUUGUCUCUAUAUUAGAGAUAUGAUUUUAAAUUGUCGAUGUAUUUACCCUUCGUAGAUCAUUUCAGGAGAAAAGCUUCAUAUAAAAAAAAAAUCACUUUUUGUGCUAAUUGCCAAUUAUACUUAUAUCAUAAAUUGUCGAUAACAAUGUAAAAUUAAUUUAUAGUUACCUAUAUAUAAAUUUAAGAUGUUCUAUAGUGUGAACAUUUAGUUCUUAUUGACGAUGAAGUGGUAGCUACUAUCAUACGAUGUUGCGUUAAUACGUAGCCAGAUUGCGAAGGGUUAGUUAAUUUCGAUUUUCCUAAUACUAGAAGUCGGUUCGACGGAAGUAUGUUUGUUGUUGGAAACUGCCACUCAACGAAUCCUACGAUAUGUUUUAUAUUGCGAUUAUGACAAUGUAUAGUGUGACAUGAGUUAAAUUAUUAAAGAAUUAUUUAUUACCAUGAUACAUUGAUGAGAUAUUAUUUCUAUUUCCUUUUCUCAACUUAAUUUAUUAUGAAUAUGUAAUUAUCGUUAGAUUCAUUAGACUUGUGAUUGCCUGACAAAAUGUUCAUUUUAAAUAAAAGUUUAUCAUUGAACUAAUAAUAAAUUGCAAAAUAAAUUUUUAAAUAAAACAUAAAUAAUAUCAAAUUAAGUUGCUUUUUUAAACUAUUAUGUUUAAAAUGGUCUAAAAUGUAAUAAAGUUAUUUAUCAAUGUGUAACAUAAUUGAAUGAUACUUUGUUGCUGAACAUAAACUAAAAAUUUCUUAUUCAUAAUAUCGUAAUAAGUAUUGUGAAUAUGUAAGAACAUUAAUUAUUACAAUUGAAAAUGAAGACAUACACACUGUGAUAUCCUAAAGUUUAUUUGCUUCUACGCGUUGAAAUUCAAUGAAUAGGAUAGAAUUCUAUAUUAUGGAAAAUGAUAUGCUAUUCAAACACUGGGUGUUAUGUAUUUACAUACAUGCUGAACAUAACAGUAAACUGUAAACAUAUUUCUUGUUCAUCAUAUUUAUAUUCAAAAUACUUCAUAAUAAGUAUUAUGAAUAUAUAAGAAUACUAAUUAUUACAAUUAAAGGUGAAGUAGAACUGUGGUGUUCUAAAGUUGCCAAACACAAUGAUAAGGCCAAAUUUUUAUCUGUUGCCAAUAAUUGA